UUCCCGCACCACUCGUUCGCGACCUACCUCGCGAGCCUCUUGUCGCUCCUCAUCGCCACCUUUCUCGGCUUCUGCGACGACGUGUUCGACAUCCGCUGGCGCUUCAAGCUCCCGAUCCCAAUCAUCGCGUCGGUGCCGCUCCUCGUCACCUAUGCCGCCGGUCACGGCGUCACCGACGUCGUCCUCCCUCGAGUGUUCCGCAUCCGCGAGCUCCUCGGCGCAGUCGCGACCAACGGCGUCGUCCACCUCGGUCCGCUCUACUACCUGUACAUGUCGAUGCUGUCGACGUUCUGCACCAAUAGCAUCAACAUCCUCGCCGGCGUCAACGGAGUCGAGGUCACGCAAGCCCUCGUCAUUGCCCUGUCGAUCAUCCUGAACGACCUCCUGUACCUCACCUUCUCGCUCUCGCCCCUCGUCCCCCUCGUCCCUCACCUCCCCGUCGCCCUCGCAUUGCGGCUCCCGCCGCCCGACCAGCUCGCGGCAAUGUCGUGGACGGCAGGGUUCGCGCACGGCAGCCGCGAGCUCGCCGACCGCCACGCGUUCAGCCUGUACUUCAUGCUGCCGCUCGUCGGCGUGUGCCUCGGGCUCCUCAAGCACAACUGGUACCCGUCCCGAGCGUUCGUCGGCGACACGUUCUGCUACUUCUCGGGCAUGGCGUUUGCCGUCGUCGGCAUCCUCGGCCACUUCAGCAAGACCCUACUCGCGCUCUUUGUCCCGCAAAUCGUCAACUUUGUCUACUCGACGCCGCAGCUGUUCGGCCUCGUCCCGUGCCCGCGCCACCGCCUGCCGCGCCUCGACCCGGCGACGGGCAAGCUCACGCCGUCGUGGGCCGUCGUCCGGCCGCGCGUGCAGCGCACCUCGCGCGACAAGGCGGGCGUCGCGCUCCUCGUCGCGCUCGAGCGCGUCGGGCUCGUCGCCCUGCAGCGCGACCCGCACUCGCGCGACGUGACGGCGACGACCAACCUGACGGUGCUCAACCUGCUCCUGUUGCGCGGCGGCAGCGUGCGCGAGGACACGCUCACCAAGCGGCUCGCGGCGUGCCAGGUUGCCGGGACGGUGCUCGCGUUUGCGCUGCGGUACGGCGCGGGACGGUGGGCGUACGGGGAGGAGGGAGGGAGGGCGUAG